AUGUUCACGCAGGGACGUACCGCGAGCGCUGAGGCGCGCUGCUGCAGGCUAAGCAGCGACGGUGUAGGUUUCGUCACGGCGACGCUCGGUCUAUGGAGGGUGCGCCCGCUAAAGCAACUGGAUCUGCCGCGUGCCGGGCAGCGGUUGCAGCACGGCAAGACUUGCCCUGGUCGCGGUGUGAGGCUAGUUGUGGCCGAGCCGCGCCUCUUGCGCAGCUGUCGCUGCUGCGCGAACACGAACAGAUCACGAGACCUAGGCGCUGAGUACGCUCUCGAAAAGCAUGGUUUUGUUGAUGGAGCUAGAAAACUUGAGCCGGAGGCGAACAGUGUUUGUGCCCCAGCACCGCUAGGUCCCGUGGCACGCGACGAGCAGCGUGAACAUGUGCCCAAGUCAGUGGACAGCGGUACGACUCCGGAUGCGAGUUCCGGUGCGCAGCGUACGCCCGAGCGAACCGGCAGCUCGCGUCGUCGUCAGGCGAGAGCUGCAACGCUUCGUGUUGGCCAGUCUACGUCGGCAGUACCUGAUUCGCCGCUCCAAACCCCUUUGGAGGAAACUUUCGUUUCCGUGGAUAAUCGCCUGCCGGUACCAAACUGGGAGGCGAAGCACCCUGGCGGGCCUGGGCAAGCUCAUAUGCGUGAAACUACCUCUCCGAGCGCGAAAACACGUUCAAGUAAGAGUGUCCGGCCAGCUCGGCAACGUCAGUUGUCCAAUGCCGACCAACGACUCAGCCCAACAUCUCUGAAUGAUGCAGUUCACAAGUUGCCACAAGGAUCACGUCGAUCCCUCUCUACGAAUCCAUCCGCCGUAGUGAAUGCCCGGUGGGAACGCAUCCAGGACAGCGAACGUGCAGCGGAUGAUGACGGACCGAGCAUUCGGGAACUCGACUACAGUGAAGAUGAUCCUUCCGACAAUGAGCCGCUGGCGUGGGAGACAUAUCCCGAAACCCCUCGUGCGCGUUCCAGCGAGAGCAGUACCCUGCGCUGGUACUUGCGCAUGAUCGGACGUGUGGAUAUGCUCACCCCUGAGGAGGAAGUAUCGCUUUCACGUCAGAUUUCACGGCUUUUGCAUUGGGAGCGCAAGCGAAUCGAGCUCCACGGGGCACUGGAUCGAGCACCAACGGAUGAUGAACUCGCAGAGCAUCUCGGUGUCGACCCAGAGCGCUUUCGCAGGAACCUUGCCGAAGCACGGCGAGCGAAGGACCGUAUGGUAGCAGCGAACCUCCGACUCGUGGUGUCCAUUGCCAAGCGAUACAUGCGCAAAGGUCUGCCCCUGGAGGAUCUCAUCCAGGAGGGCUCGCUCGGCCUCAUUCGGGCGGCAGAAAAGUUCGACGACCGACGCGGAUGUCGUUUCAGCACCUACGCGACCUGGUGGGUGAAACAGAGCGUCAUGCGCGCGCUUGCGGACCAAGGUCGUAUCGUUCGGCUUCCUGUUCAUAUGCAUGAUCGCAUACUCGCCGUUCGCAAAGCCGCGCGCGACCUGAGCAUCGAACGGGGCUGCGAACCAACCGAAGCGGAUAUCUGUGAACGGUUGGGAAUAUCCCGGAAGCGCUUGCGUGAAUUGCGUUCGCUUGCAGUGCAGACCAUCUCGCUGGAAUCCUCGGUUCGGUUUGGGAACAACCAGUCUGGCUCGGAACGAGACCGCACAACCCUUGCGGAUUCGAUCGUGCAUGAAAGCGCUUCGCCUGAGGAGCAAAUUGAGCUGAGCAUGCUUCGUGAAGAUCUCGAGCGUUCCCUCCAGUUGCUGAAUCAUGUGGAAAUGAGGGUUGUGCGUUUGCGAUACGGUCUGGACUCGGGCAUUGCCAAGACAAUUGAUGAAGUAGGUGCGCUGGUGCGUUUACCGCGUGAAGAGGUUAGAGCGAUAGAGAAUGCUGCGUUUCGAAAACUGCGUCAUACUAGUGGUCUAGUCGGCUUGAAGGAUUAUAUUUCCUCGCUGAACACAAGCGCACUGUAA